AACAUGCAAAAAUCACCGAGUCAAUAUAAGUUGAACUCAUCAAAACAGCUGGAAUUUGAACAAAGAGCGCUAGCGACGAGUUGCUUUGUCAAGUUGGAUAUUUCUUGUACUCGAUGCGCGAGCUGACGACGUACCCAAGAUGACGAGAAGCGAUCGGUCGAAGUCGAACAAACAUGAAGUUGGGGAACUGUCGUUGUUGGUGAACGGGCUCAGUUUUUCGUCGCUGGAUGUCGGUUCUAUCAAAGACGCCAUUCGGAAACUUGAUGCUCGUUUAGAAGAAAAUACAGCAAGCUUGCAAGAAAGUUGGGGACAGUUUGUUGAUGUCUGCAACACCAUUUCAAAAGACAAAACUCAGGAUUCAUCAGAAUGGCUGAACUCUAAAGAUGCAGUUGAUUUUUUGACAUCUUCCAAUGUUACACAGACCAGUGCUUGCUCUUAUGAACCUAUAGCACUCAACUGCUUCUUAAACAAUGUGAUUCAGGCCCUAGAGCGAAAUCCUGGUAAAGAAGAGUCCAUCUUUGAAGACCUGGUCCAGUUUGCAUCUCAACAAGGCAUCCUUAUGCCGUUUGGUCAGCCAGAUAAAAGAGAGGAUGGCGAACAACUGGCAGAGGUACCAUUGAACACCAUUGUCAUAGAGGAUGAGCAAGCCACUGAUGUGUUGUGGGAGGCAAUCAGGAGUAAGAUUCGUAAAGGAAUCUGGACACUUCUUGCAAACUUACCUCUGUCUGAUCAACACAGUGACCAACCUUGUGAUGAGCAAACUAAAAUCAAGCUGUUGCAUGACUUGUGUUUUCUUUACCCACCAGAUGAAAUCUGGAAAGGAUACAAGAAUUAUCGCAGACAAUUGAUGGAUCAGUACAUUUCUAAUAGAGUUUUGUUACAAAGGAUAGAAACAGAUAUUGCUGUUUCGUCUGAAGUUCCAAGUAAUGUUGUGUCAUUUGUUAAGUUAUGUCGCGCAGUUGAAGUGAUGAUAUAUGAAGAUGCAAUGAUUUUGCAAGAGGGGAUUUUCCCUACAAUGGUACCAAGCUUUGAGUUCAUCCAUGAGUCGUACUUAGGGAAGAUAACACAAGAGUUACAGUCUGUAUGUCAGACCUUUGAUGUUAACAAGAAGGAUGACCAAGGAUUCUUGAAUGAAAUGGUGCAAGCACCAGGAAGCAGAAGAGGUUCUAAUGUAUCACAUGUUAAACAGACUGAUUCAAAAGACAACCUGAUAGCUCAUAAACAUUGCUUUGAGGCAAUGGUUAAUUUGGAGAGGCUUGUGGACAGAGUUACAAGUCAUAGAUCAGAAAAUGAAGGAACAGGGAGUAGGGUUGGUGGUCUGCAGAAUGUCGCAAGGUCCCCUUCCAGUCCAGUCCUGGGACACAGGAAUCCCAGUCGUCAAAGCUCCAAAAAGAGUGCCGAUAUGCCAUUUUAUGUAGCAGAAGGAAAUUUGCCUUUGCCUUUUGGUUCUGGUGGUGGUAGACUUGAUUCUCAAACUCUCGGCAGUGGAUCAUCUUCAAGUCAGGAUGCCCAACUGUGGCCUUGGAGAGAUGAAUUUAAGAGCCACAUAUCAAAGAUAUCAAUGGCUCUCAGUGAGAGUAUCAAACAGACAUGUGAGAAGGCUCUUGAUGAGGAGAUGCAGUUAUACAAGUCUUCAGAGAGAAUACCUACAGUUAAGCUAAAAGAUGAUGUUGUUGGUGGUAAGCAAGAUUAUCCCAGGAGAAUUGCAAAGUGCUGUGCCAUAAUUAUGGAAAAGGCUGAUGAUGUUCUCCCACUGGCCAGCAGUCAUGGUGGAAAACUCUUCCAUGUUGUCAGGUCAUCAUUUGUUGACUCACUGGAAGCUUGUCUGAAGUCUUACCAUUCCAGAUUAACUCAGGUGCUCUCUGAGUUUCCCACCCAGUGCAGUGUGGAAUGUCUCUAUACUGUUCUUAGCAGUGCUGUAUUUGUCAGAAACCAGCUGGUGCAUUAUGAAGAGGUGUUAGGUUCUGAACCCAGACGCCCCUUUCCUAUUUUGCAUCGUCAGUUCAGUGAUCUUGUCGACAGUGUAAUUGAUCAGAUCACCAGUUACCAUGACAAUGUGAUUUCCACUGUCAUUUUACAAGAUGCUCACAGUCACAACUGGGCUGAUCACAGACCUUUCUAUGAGGAUGAAAGGUGCUCUUUUUCUGUCCAGAUGUGGAACUAUCAUCUUCAAGGGCUACACCAUGACCUGUGGGAUAAUUGCCCCCCUGAAAAAGCCCAGGAAAUGUUUACUUCUGUCCUUCACAGUUCUUUAGUUACCUUGGCAACAAGAUAUAGUCGAGUGAAUCCAUCAACCAAGCGUGUCAAACAAUUCAGAUCAGAUAUCACAGCCAUACUGCUAUCUACUUUGUCAUUUUUGUGGUCGUGUUGUAAAUGUGUACAAAGCUUGUUAGAUCCACAAUCAUCCAUGGCACCAUUUCCAACAAUUCACAGUCUGUGCUGCUGUUUAUUGACAACACUGACCGUGGUCAGCUGCCCGUUGGAGUCCCUGUGCUCUCAUGUCAUGGCUGAGGUAUCAAACAGCUGGGAAGAAGCUAACUCCAAAACUGCUUGGUUGUCAUGGUUACAUCCUGAAGUCUUUAAAAGUCAUGAAGGAAGUUUGGCUGCUAUACCGGACCGACAAGCAACGUUUUUGCUUUUUAAGCUUAUCGUCAAUCAACCAUCUCCUCAGUGGUCACUGUUCUUACGGGCUCUUGUGAGUAGAAAUGCAAGACUUCCUGUUACUAUUGUGAAGUAUGGAGACCUUUGCAGUCUUAGGACUCCAGUAAAUUCUUCAAGUUCAAAACCUUCUCAGCCUGUGGCGUCCACGUGGUUUGAACCGGAAACAACAUCAUCAUUGCAGAAUGCAAACAAGUUCAAUGAGGGCGUGGUGUGUUCCUUGUACCACAUCCUCUUCCAGUGUUCAAAUGAAUCACCAGGACUGGUGAAUUACCUCAUGGCAAUAGUCAGCAGGGAGGAUAGCUGGAAGCAUUUUGAUGCUGGCUCAUCAGGAUUGAAGAUUUCAGAUGCUUCUGAGAGCCCUGUUUGGCUUGAUUGUGUCUACCGAACGUUUGACCCAUACAUUGUCAGGUUCUUGUAUUCAUCAUUGUUGCUGUUGUGCGAGCAAGACAAGAAGGUGACAAAGUCGUACAACUUUACGUCCAUGAGUGCGCUCCCGUGUGGAUGCGAGCGCAAGAAGUCACCCAAGACAAGAGAUACCAAGAAUCAGACUGAGGUUCUGUACACUGCACUUCAGAAUCUCUUAAAUCAGCUGACUCAGCAUUUUUGUGCCAUUCCUAGGAUCAUGUGUCAGUUUAUGAACAAGCUCCAAGAGUCGGUUCAUCAGAAGUCGAUCGAUUUAUCUAGUGAGACUGCUGGCAUUAGGGUUCUUGCCAGCUUGCUCUAUCGAUGGCUGAUGGAUACCGACAGAGUGUGUUCCGUUUGUGAGGCAAAGCUAAGCUCAGAAUCUCAGAGAAGCAUUGCCAUGUUUGCUGAAAUAGUGUGGCAUGUCCUGGUCAAUCUUGGAAGGACUGAAGGAGGUGUAAGGAAUCCUAAUCUUCCGUCAGACGUCGAUGCAUUGCUGAUUUCCAAGAGAGACUGGUUGAAUCAAAAGGUUGGACAAGUCAAGACCCACAUUGCUAACCAGGCGUAUGAAGAAUAUCAAGUUGAGACAGUGUAUGAAUCAGUAGCUGAUCUUCAGUUCACUCAUAUGGCGUCUGCACUGAUUUCAGACACAAGAGGUGCGGCGUCUCUGAGGCACGCGUAUAACUUCAUUCAAGCAAACAAGGACUGGCUGAUGAACCUGGUUCUCGUCCCAGGCCACAUCCUUCCCCCUGAACCGUCUCGCUCCAUUCCUGGAAGCGAGCACAGCAGGGGGUUUAACCCGCUCCGGCAGUUCGCAAUGAUUGGCGAAUGUGCGUUUUACCAGGACAAGAUUGCCUCCUUUCCUUUCGACUGGAGUAGGUUACUUAAGAGUAACCUGUUAACGUCUGCAGACGCAGUCAAGCGCCUGGUCUUCAAUAGGAGUGAAAUGCAAGAAGGGGCUUCUUUAGAGGACAGCGAGAGAGAGCUUGUGAAUGCCCUUAAGGCCCAUUAUGGUGUUACUGUGGGUGGAGGGGAUAGUGAAUAGCCUGGGUAGCGCAUUGUGCGUUUCUGUCGACGAGUUGUAGAUAUUACUAUUCGUUUUAACUUAUUAUAUAAAUGACUCUUUAAAUUAUUACGUUGGAUAUUCGUAAAUUUUAAACUUAUAAGAGCUUAUAAAAGUAUAAGUUAUUUAAAUAGCCCUGUCCAAUUCAUGUACCAGGAGCCUAUGACCCUACUGUACUUAAAUGAUGAACCAUACUAAGUCAACUUUAAACAAUUUGUCGCAUCAAUGCUGAUGUUUUACUUGUAAAUAGAAUGAAACUUGGCUGCUAACUUUCCCGAAAUUCAGCAUUUGGUCUUCUCCGUUGUUCAAAUUCUCCAGAGACUCACUACAUAGUUCAUUAAUUUUACGUUAGUAGCCUUCACUAAUUCAGACAUCUGUGCUGGGGGUUUUACGAGUCAGAGGGAGCGGCUGAAUUUCAGUCUAUAACUGAAACAUUUAAAAAGGAAAUACAUUGAAUCUAUAUAAACGGAAUUUAAAAACAACUCAUGUGUCACUUACUUUCUCAAUUGCUAAAGCCGGCGGUGGAAGGGAUCUCCUUUGCUAAAUACAUUCUGUAUUUCUCACAAAUAAUAAAAACUAUAUUGAUAACAAUAGAAACAGCUACUAGCACUGUCAAUUACAGUAAUUACAAACACUACCAUGAACACUAUUUACAAGCAUUUUACUAACAUUCAUUACUUGACAUAAAUAAUUGUCAUAUUGUUGACAAAUAAUUAUUAUCGUGUUAUUUAUUAUGCUAAAUACAUUUACGUUCCGUAAAUCUCAAAACCCGAAUGUUAAUUGUCCUUACAGAGUUAUUUAAUUUUUUAUUGGUUUUUUAGUAAUGCACAAAAACCGAUUAUUUUUGGUACAGACAGUAUUGCCUGAUGGGUCAUUUAUAAACUUGGCAGAGUCUGGGUUAAAUCUAGCUUUAGUCUUUGCGCGAAUCACAGACAAAAUAUUUGCAAGAACGCGAAGUGAACUUAAACGAGCGUCAAACAGAGC